GCUGCGGCGCCGGGCCCAGUUUCCGGCCUCGAUCGGACAGCUGCAGGGCCGGGCCUGAGGAGGUCGUGGGCCGCUGCGCUGUGCUGUGCUGCCUUUCCUGUUGGCGGGGCUUUUGCUGAGGACAGCGUGCGGAGCGAGGGCGGUAGAGAAAGAUCUUGCCUCCCUGCCCUACAAAUGGAGGAGAAACUUAGGACCACAGAGGGGAAUGCGCUUGGCCAAGGUCACAGAAUGAAUUUGAGGCAGAACCAAGACCACCACCGGGCCUGCUGACUGCCAGUCCUGAGCUCUCACAAUUGCGUCUCAUAGGGAGCUAGCUAGGAGGGAGAGGUCUUCCCCCUACCUGCCAUCUGUCCCAAGGGAAUGAAGGAUGGCAGCACGCCGUGCAUUAAAAGCUGUUUUGGUAGAUCUCAGUGGCACACUUCACAUUGAAGAUGCAGCUGUGCCAGGCGCGCAGGAAGCUCUUAAAAGGUUACGUAGCGCUUCCGUAGUGGUUAGGUUUGUGACCAACACCACCAAAGAGAGCAAACGAGACCUAUUGGAAAGGUUGAAAAAAUUGGAGUUUGAUAUCUCUGAAGAUGAAAUAUUCACUUCUCUGACUGCUGCCAGAAGUUUAGUGGAGCAGAAACAAGUCCGACCCAUGCUGCUAGUUGAUGAUCGGGCACUACCUGAUUUCAACGGAAUACAAACAAGUGAUCCUAAUGCUGUGGUCGUAGGAUUGGCACCAGAACGUUUUCAUUAUCAAAUUCUGAAUCAGGCAUUCCGGUUACUCCUAGAUGGGGCGCCUCUGAUAGCAAUCCACAAAGCCAGGUAUUACAAGAGGAAAGAUGGCCUAGCCCUGGGACCUGGACCAUUCGUGACUGCUUUAGAGUAUGCCACAGACAUCAAAGCCACAGUGGUAGGAAAACCAGAAAAAACGUUCUUUUUGGAAGCAUUGCGGGGCACUGGCUGCGAACCAGAGGAGACCGUCAUGAUAGGAGAUGAUUGCAGGGAUGAUGUUGGUGGGGCUCAGAAUGUCGGCAUGCUGGGCAUCUUAGUGAAAACUGGCAAGUAUCGAGCAGGAGAUGAAGAAAAAAUUAAUCCACCUCCUUACUUAACUUGUGAGAGCUUCCCUCAUGCUGUGGACCACAUUCUGCAGCACCUACUGUCAACUGUUAUGUGAAUCAGAAGCAACUUGAAACGCAGCUUUUCAUCGUCGGGCAUGAAUCCCUCACCAGCUCGAUGCCAGCGUAGAUAGACAGCCAGUGCUGCUGACGCUGUAACCUUUUACUGUGCAUUAAUCAGAAAGAAAGGUAUUGAAUUGCAGCCCCUAAGCUUUGCUAAUCCCUUUUGUUUUAUUUCACAAAAGAAGAUGAGACCCGAAGAAAGGGAAAGCUGAGAUUUUAUGCCAUUGCUGUUAAAAUAUUCAUGGGGUUCGGCAGGGCUGGGGGAGAAUCUGCCGUGGGGAGUCCUGUUCUCUGCUGUCUCCUCACUAGAAAAUUGGGAGCAAGGGGGAUUCAGAUCGUGAAUAAAGUUGAGUGUUGUUUUUUAAAUUGUAAAAUAAUGUGUUGAAAGGUGCAUUAGGCCAUAAUUUUAAUAUUGAGUUCAACUGUGAAAUCCGUCAGAAGAACCAAGUGGAGUACAAGACAGAAGCAGCGAAAUAGAUUGUCCUUUCGCCCAAGUGAGCGAGUGAAUUUGCCGUAACGAAUGUUGAAAACUAGAUUAUCUGCUGUGUUAUUCCCAGCACGGAUGACUUCUUUUUCUCUUCAUUAGCUAGAGAUGACUAAUUUAAAUUUAGAACCUGAUUUUAAUUUAAAAUAAUAUUUCCAUUAAUAACCUAUUCAUUGCAGAUACCUAUUAUACUGUGUAACAGUUGUUUUGGAAAUUUUAUGUAAAAUUAAAACUAUCAGUAUUUUACAGAUGUUUUAAUUAGACAUUGUUAUUAACAGGAACAGUGCAGAAACUAAAAUCAAGCCUUUAAUGUCGUAUAGACCAUGCAUUUUUGACGUUAGUGUCCACCAGGGUCCUAUUAACUGUACAUUUGCAGGAUUUCAUUAUUUUUGCCUCUGACACUAUGGGAAAAUCUUUCAGAAGCUAUUGGGACAGAUUCAAGCUUUUAUGUACUUGGUUACUACAGCUGUAAAAUGAAAUCUCAUCUUGUAGCAUGGAUUAUUCUUCUCGUGUUAAACCCACCAAAAUGAAGGGGACUAAGGAGGUAAUGAUUUUCCUAGAGCAUUUGCAUACUGUGAUAAUCCUGGGCCUUUGCAAUUGUUUUACAGGGCUCUUGGGCAUUGAAUUAUUAGCAUGUAAUUGUACAUCAUUGUAGUGUUCACCUUCUAGAAUCGCACGCUGAUGGUAAUGAGCUUCGGGUUUUGAUGCUUGUUUAGAGAUCAGCUCGGCCUUGGAUGGGAGGGAGCGAACCUAAAUGAGUGGUAGCUCCCGCUCCUUUUGGUAGUUUGGUGAACACCGUUCUUGUUCCUGCAGAUGCCCCAACUUAGUACUCACACAGCCUAGAGCCCAAAAGCAGAUGUGACAGGCCUCCCACCCCAGACUGGAUGGCUUAGUGGAGUGGCAGAGAGCCUAGAUUUGGGAGCCUCGCCAGCACUUCACCACCUCUGUGACCUUGCACAAGUCAUCUAGCCUCUUAUACCGCCUUUUCAUUGUGUGUAGAAUGCAGAUAAUAACGAAAGUUCCCACCACAUAGGCUUGUUGUGGGGGUUAAACGCAUGACCCAUGUAUUAAGUACUUAGAAUAGAAUCAGGCAAAUGCUAAGUGCUGUGCGUUUGCGAUGAUGAUGGUGCAGAUGUAGCAGGAGCAUCACAUUUAACAAUCUCAGAAGGGUUGGUAGAACGUAUCUCUCCAGUCAGUUCAGUGGAGAAAGUCUUUCUGAGAUUAAAAAAGAGAGACAUUCUCCUAUAUUUAGACUCCCUCAGGACAAAGCCACAUGAGAAGGAAGCUCACAUGCAGGUAGAGAGCGCUGCUUGGUGCCUGCGGGUGGGCUACAUUGAGCUGUGGCCUGUCACCCAGGCACCUGGGCGAGUGAUUCCUUGGCCCGAGUGUUAUCAAGUGUUUACUCAUUGCUACAGGCUAAGUGCCAUGCCAGGAAAUAAGCAUAUAAGAAAAAGAUUUUGCCUUGAGGACCCUUACUAGUUAAGGAACUAAGGAGAAUACACAAGACAUGAAGACUCCAGUGUCCCCCCACCUUGUGAUGUCGUCCUGACUGCAGGAUGGAGUAGGGUGUUCCCUCCUUAGUGCCCACCUAGCACUUGUUAGAUUACACUUAGAUCUUCACGUCUCUUCUCCCCACCAGACAGGACUGUGUCUCAUUCUUUUUAUAUCUGCUGCAACACAGGUAGUCAGUCAGAUGGUCAAUGAACCAAUAAAAACUAGCUGUAAAUCUUAUGGGAAUUGAAUGGUAGAAGGUAUAGCUGUAGGUAGGGAGGAGAAAAUGUUUCGUUUUAGACUUGUUGCCCAUAGGGGACGCCCAUUAGACGCUUGGAAAUAAAGGAUCAGAUGCUCUGGAGACAGGUUAGCGGUAAAGCAAAGAAGCAGACAUCACUGAUGGGUCAGGAGUUAAACAGAAGGGCAGGAACAGGUAAGAUCACCUGAGUAUAAUGUUCCCAGCCAAGAGAAACGGCUGCGCUACUUUCCUCCCAUCUAGUUUGGCCCUAUGGGCCAUUAAAAUCUUAGUUUGAUAUUUUAUUUAUUUAACAAACAUUUAUAGGGCUUACUAAAUGACCUGUCCACAGUGAGGUUCAUGAGGAUAAAGGAGAAUCUUGGUUUAGAUUCAUGUUAUUAUAAACAUUCCCAGCUCAUCUGGUUGGUCUGCCUUGGGCCUUGUGGAAAUUUAAUAACUGAAGUAUCUAAAGGACUUCAGUUUCCAGCCAUCCCAUUUAAAGGAUUGUCUUGUGGUAUUGACCUUGACCUCAAAGAAGUGGUUGCAUCAGUUUUACUGUAAUCCUGUCCUGGGCCCAGAAAGGACCAAGUGGCAUCUUAGCACUGGAAAGGGUGUUAGAGAAGACCCAUUGUCAGGAAAUGGUCGUUGAGCAGCUUGCUGUGAGCCAGGUGCAUGCCAGGUGUGGAGGAGGGUGAAGCACUGGUCCAGUGGAGGACACAGAUGCUCUUGCCCCCACUUCACUCUCAAACCUCCAGAAUCAGCUAGUUAUGCAGUAGCUCUACCCACUGUUCUGCACCUGUCAGAGCUGCUGUUAAUGCCUGGGAAAGAAAAGGGGGCUAGCCCACCUCACUCUAAGUGACGGCCCCAUCAAACACCUGUAGUUGGGGAUGUCAAACAUUCCCUUGGAAUGACAGUGUCAUCGCCUCACUCUUAAUCCCACAUUUAAAAAUUACAAUGUUGGACACGUAAGUGAAAAACACACUUGUAUUGGUGUUUAGUUGGUUUUGGAUCAAUAGUUGUUCGUGUAGGAUGAAACUGAAGUCCUUGAGUACUUAUAAUAAAGAAUUUUUAAAACUUCA